GAAACACUUUAAUAGCUGAAAUCAAUGUAACGGCCGACAGAUUCACUGUAUAUGAUGAUGUUCUUGAUGGGAGAUUCAGAGACAGACUGAAGCUGGACAAUCAAACUGGAUCUCUGACCAUCACAGACAUCACAACUGAAGAUACUGGAGAAUAUAAACUACUGAUCAACAGUGUGGAAAAGAGUUUCAUUCUCCAUGUCUUUGUUCAAAUAUCAGUGAAGGAGGGAGAUUCAGUCACUCUAAACUCUGAUCUUACUGAAAUGAAGGAUGAUGAUGUGAUUCAGUGGAGGUUUUUGACUGGAAACACUUUAAUAGCUGAAAUCAAUGUAACGGCCGACAGAUUCACUGUAUAUGAUGAUGUUCUUGAUGGGAGAUUCAGAGACAGACUGAAGCUGGACAAUCAAACUGGAUCUCUGACCAUCACAAACACCACAACUGAAGAUACUGGAGAUUAUAAACUAGAGAUCAACAGUGUGGAAAAGUUUUUUAUUCUCUUUGUCUUUGAUGAAAUAUCAGUGAAGGAGGGAGAUUCAGUCACUCUAGACUCUGAUCUUACUGAAAUGAAGGAUGUUGAUGUGAUUCAGUGGAGGUUUAGAAAUGAAACCACUUUAAUAGCUGAAAUCAAUAAACGGGUCGACAGAUUCACUGUAUAUGAUGAUGUUCUUGAUGGGAGAUUCAGAGACAGACUGAAGCUGGACAAUCAAACUGGAUCUCUGACCAUCACAAACAUCACAACUGAACAUGCUGGAGAAUAUAAACUACAGAUCAACAGUGUGAGAAAGUUUUUCAUUCUCCUUGUCUUUGAUGAAAUAUCAGUGAAGGAGGGAGAUUCAGUCACUCUAAACUCUGAUCUUACUGAAAUGAAGGAUGAUGAUGUGAUUCAGUGGAGGUUUAGAAAUGAAACCACUUUAAUAGCUGAAAUCAAUAAACGGGUCGACAGAUUCACUGUAUAUGAUGAUGUUCUUGAUGGGAGAUUCAGAGACAGACUGAAGCUGGACAAUCAAACUGGAUCUCUGACCAUCACAAACAUCACAGAUGAACAUGCUGGAGAUUAUGUGCUAGCGAUAAAUGGAGCAAAACGAUCAUAUAAAGCUUUCAGAGUUUCUGUCUAUGACUCUGUCCACUGUUGUGGCCCAACUGAAGCUGUGAUCUGAUUGGUCCUCUCUGCUCUGGAAGUAUUGAAAUGUAAAGCAAAACCCUGAACUUUAAAGGUUCUUCAAGUGUGUUUUUUGUUCUUCUAGUGUUUUUUUCAUAAUAAAUACUGAUGAUUGUUUAAUCUUGUGCUCUCUCUUUAUUGUUUAUAUUUGCUUGUCUUUAUCAAUAAAGUUUUCUCACUCUGA